AAUGUUCAGAAUGCUGGAUCUCAAGGGUUCAACCCAGGCUUAAUAGUUCUACUUGUUGUUGGAGGGUUGCUAUUAACAUUCCUCAUUGGAAACUUUGUCCUCUACUCUUAUGCACAGAAGACUAUUCCUCCUAGGAAAAAGAAGCCAGUCUCCUAG